UAUGCGUGAUUCUGCAGGAGAAAUAUUCCUUUUUGGCAUUCCAAUUCUGCUGAAAUCCGUACCAAUGGCAUGCAAAGAUGAUGAAGAAGCCCAAGAGGGAUUCAAGAAAGACUCAGACAUGGCUGCAGCAGAAGCAGAAGUAGCAGAACAACUCAUGCAGUUAAGUGGAGAUGAAGAAGAUAGACAGAGUAUAGCGACCACCUUUGAGAAGAAGAAAAGAAAGGACAAGGAUCAAGAUGAUGAUCAAGGCAUUAGUGGUGCUGAGAGCAACUGUCGAUUAAUCGAAUCUAAGAAGAUUAGAAAAGAUGAUCCUCAUAACAAGGGCUCUAACGCAAAGAAGAGGAAAUCCAAGUAUCGGUCGAUCGAUGAUAUUUAUAUGGUGACGAAGCCAAUGAAUGAUUCUGUGCAAAGAAGUUGAAACCUUGAAGAAGCUCUAAAAACUUUUGGUCAGGAAUGUAGAGUAGUUUUCUUUUCUUUUUUCUUCCUUUAUUUAUUUUUGUGGGAGAGUUUUUAGAAGGAAUUAACCCUUUUGCCUGAAUAUUAACUUCUCAUUUUCUGAUCAGAUUAAUACUUUGCUUUUUAAUC